AUGUCGAAUAAUCGGUAUUCCUCUUUGAAUCGCCGCGCGGCACCUUCCUCUGCACUGUUCCAAGACUAUCCUGGCUCAAGGCCCUCCAGCUCAUCCUCUAGCCGUCCAGGUUACGCCUACCCUUCAGCUCCUGAUGCCCGCCCAUCGUCCUCACCCUACCUCAAUCCCUACUCCAACACAAACGGUACCCCUACGAAUACGUCAUCCUUCCGACCGGCCACUCCCAACUCGAAAGGUCAAUACUCGACAUCCGUCCUGGAAGAACUGGAAUCCCAAAAUGAAACUACUGCUACCACGCUUCUAUCGCAAAAGGUCUCCCAAUUAAAGUCUCUAACUAUUGCCAUUGGCGAUGAGAUCAGAGACUCAAGUACGCUGGCAAGCCAGAUCAACGAUACCUUUGAGAACACUGGCGUCAGAUUACGAGGGACUAUGAGAAGAAUGUUACGCAUGGCAAAGCGGACAGGCGUCAGCUGGAAGGUUUGGGUACUGUUCUUCAUUGCUGUGUGGGCUCUAUUCGCCUAUGUCUGGCUGUUUUAG